ACCGGGACUCCGUUCUCUCAAACAAUCGCGUGUGUUUUAACAUAGGACACACAGCGACCUCCGGAGAGCGCCGUGUGGGCGCUUCGAACUUUCGCGUUCUUCGCAUGGUAAGUUGCCAAGUUCCCACGUAUACAAACGUUGCUGCUGGCCUCCACCAACUACUUGAAUGUCAGCGACGCAGAGGAUCGUCUGCGCUCUUUCUCACUCUUUCCCUUGUUCACUUCCUCCUAUUUCGUCUUCCUCCUCCUUCAAAUCUCCUUCUCUUCUCUUCCUUCCCUUCUCUCGUCAUCACAGGAUUCUAGCUCGCUCUGUGCUUAUCUUUCCUUCACCAAUGCCUCUCAAUCAGAGAGCUGGUCGGUACAAAGAACCAAAGUGGCAAGAGAAGCCUAAAGCUGACAGGAUUUCAUCGGCCACCACUGAUGCAGCAGGUGCCGCUGUUGAAACUAUUACUCACAGACUGUCUGAAAUGCAUGUCGCUAAAAAUAGUGGCCAAACCAGUGUUCCAGCUGCAGCCAUACAGUUUGGAGGCGUCCAAACUGUUAGUCAGUUCACUGUGCAUGGUUCAAAGACAGCCUGGAAACCUAAAUCCUAUGGAACAGUAAGCGAAACCACAGUAGAUAAAGUUGAUGCAGAAGUGGCUUCAACUAAAAGUAGUAUUGCUGGUUUGAGUAGGAAUGAUCUGAUAGAAAAUUUUACGGUGGACAACUCCACUUACUCACUUGCCCGCAUAAGAGCUACUUUCUACCCCAAAUUUGAAAAUGAAAAGUCUGAUCAAGAGAUCAGGGCAAGGAUGAUUGAGAUGGUAUCUAAAGGUUUGGCUACCUUAGAGGUCUCACUUAAACACUCUGGUUCCCUUUUUAUGUAUGCUGGACAUAAGGGUGGAGCUUAUGCCAAAAACAGUUUUGGGAACAUAUAUACUGCCGUGGGUGUAUUUGUUCUUGGACGGAUGUUUCGUGAGGCUUGGGGUACUGGAGCAUCAAAAAAGCAAGUCGAAUUUAAUGAGUUUCUUGAGAGAAACCAUAUGUGCAUAUCAAUGGAACUAGUAACUGCUGUUCUUGGAGACCAUGGACAGCGUCCCAAGGAAGAUUUUGUGGUAGUCACUGCUGUCACUGAACUGGGCAAAGGAAGGCCAAAGUUCUAUUCAACUCCUGAGAUAAUUGCUUUCUGCAGAAAAUGGCGCCUACCUACAAAUCAUGUGUGGUUGUUUUCUACAAGGAAAUCAGUUUCAUCCUUCUUUGCUGCCUUUGAUGCCUUAUGUGAAGAGGGUACUGCUACUCCUGUAUGUAAGGCUCUUGACGAGAUUGCUGAUGUAUCCAUACCAGGUUCAAAGGAUCAUGUUAGAGCCCAAGGUGAAAUCUUAGAGGGUCUUGUGGCUCGUAUUGUUGCUCGGGAGAGCUCAAGCCAUAUGGAAAAAGUUUUAAAAGAAUUCCCUCCUCCUCCUGCUGACGGAGUUGGCCUUGAUUUUGGACCAAAUCUCAGAGAAAUUUGUGCUGCAAAUAGGUCUGAUGAAAAGCAGCAAAUAAAAGCUCUUCUCAAUAGUGUUGGCAGUUCUUUUUGCCCAGACCACUCAGACUGGUUUGGGCCUGACGGUGCUGAUGGCCAUUCAAGAAAUGCUGAUAGAUCUGUUCUUUCAAAGUUUUUACAAGCCAAUCCUGCAGACUAUUCAACUAGGAAGUUGCAGGAAAUUGUUCGGUUGAUGAGAGAAAAACGCUACCCUGCUGCAUUCAAAUGUUAUCAUAACUUCCAUGAAGUAGAUGCCAUGGCACGUGACAACUUUUUCUACAGAAUGGUUAUUCAUGUACACAGUGAUUCUGCCUUUCGACGAUACCAGAAAGAGAUGAGGCAUAAACCCGGAUUGUGGCCGCUCUAUCGAGGCUUUUUUGUUGAUAUUAAUAUAUUCAAGGCAAAUAAGGAGAGAUCUAGUGAAAUCUCUAAGGGCAAUGAUAAUGUGGUUGAAAAUGGUACCAGCACCUCUGGAAAUGACUUUGCAGAUGAAGAUGCAAACUUGAUGGUCAAAUUGAAAUUUCUUACAUAUAAGCUGCGAACCUUUUUGAUUCGAAAUGGCUUGUCAAUUCUGUUUAAAGAAGGUCCAGGUGCUUACAAGGCUUAUUACCUCAGGCAAAUGAAAAAUUGGGGUUCUUCUGGAAAGCAGAGAGAACUUAGCAAGAUGCUUGAUGAAUGGUGUGUGUAUAUAAGAAGGAAGUACGGAAAAACACUCUCAUCAUCAGUAUAUCUUAGCGAAGCGGAACCUUUCCUUGAACAGUUUGCAAAACGUAGUCCACAAAACCAAGCUCUAGUAGGUUCUGCUGGUCAUUUAGUAAGAAAUGAAGAUUUUAUAGCCAUUGUGGAGGAAGGGCAUGAUGAAGAAGGUGAUCUUAUGGCAGAGAAGGAAAUACCGUCACCAAAGUCUAGUACCUUGGCUGCGAACACUAUAGCAAAACAGGAAGGGUUGAUUGUGUUUUUCCCAGGAAUUCCUGGAUGUGCAAAGUCUGCUCUUUGCAAAGAGUUGCUAAAUUCCCUAGAUGCAUUUGCAGAUCGACCAGUUCAUAGUCUUAUGGGUGAUCUGGUUAAAGCAAAGUAUUGGCAGAAGGUUGCUGACGAAUGCAGGAAGAAACCUUAUUCUAUAAUGCUUGCUGACAAGAAUGCCCCAAAUGAAGAAGUUUGGAGACAAUUAGAAGACAUGUGUAACAGAACUAGAGCCUCUGCUGUUCCAGUUGUGCCUGAAUCUGAAGGAACUGACUCAAACCCUUACUCCCUUGAUGCAUUGGCUGUUUUCAUGUUUCGAGUGCUUCAACGAGUUAACCAUCCAGGAAGUCUUGACAAAGAAUCUCCAAAUGCUGGAUACGUGCUGCUCAUGUUUUAUCAUCUUUAUGAAGGCAAGGAUCGUAGAGAAUUUGAGGGCGAAUUAAUUGAGCGUUUCGGCUCACUUGUUAAGAUGCCUUUGUUAAAAUCAGACAGGAAUCCCCUUCCUCAGCCAGUGCAGUCCAUUUUGGAAGAGGGCAUAAAUCUGUAUAAGCUUCACACCAAGAGACAUGGCAGAUUAGAGUCUACCAAGGGAUCCUAUGCCAAGGAAUGGACCAUGUGGGAGAAACAAUUACGUGAGAUUCUUUUUGGAAAUGCCGAAUAUCUUAAUUCAAUUCAGGUUCCAUUUGAGCUUGCUGUCAAGCAAGUCUCAGAACAAUUAAGGAACAUUGCAAAGGGUGAUUAUACGCCACCAGAAACUGAGAAGAGGAAAUUUGGAACCAUUGUUUUUGCUGCGCUCAGUCUGCCUGUUACAGAAAUUCAAGGUGUCCUUGAGAAUAUAGCUUCAAAUAAUGCGUCAGUUGAAGCUUUUCUUAAAGGGAAGCAUUUAGAGAAUCUGCAGAAAGCCCACGUCACUCUUGCCCACAAGAGAAGUCAUGGUGUGAAAGCUGUUGCGGAUUAUGGCGCGAUCUUGCAUGAGCAGGUGCCAGUGGAGUUGAAAGCUCUGCUCUUCUCGGACGAAAUGGCUGCAUUUGAAGCUUGUCCUGGCUCAUUGGAAGGUGAAAAGAUAGUUUCCAAAAACGCCUGGCCUCAUGUCACCUUAUGGACUGCCGAUGGGGUUUCCGCCAAAGAAGCUAACACAUUGCCAGAGUUGCAUGAGCAGGGCAAAGCAAAUCGUGUUGACUUGAAUCCUCCCGUCACUAUAACCAGCACAGUGGAGUUCUUUUAAGCCGCUUUUGCCAUUCAUUCCUUUCUUGAAAAUAAGAAAGAACAGAAUAAAAAAAGAUGUUAUUGCAUCGCGAAACCAGGUGACUAGACUUGCAUAAUGCAUUGGGUGUUAGAGAAUGGAGAGAGUUGAUGGGGAAAAUUUUUGUAGAGGCCUGCAUUUUCUCAUCUGUAUGUUGCGCGGAGUUGUCUGCUCAAGUACGUUUUGUUCUGAUAGAGGAAAACCUAUAAUUAUAUCGUAUAAUUAUUUCA